AUGACUGGCCAGUCACCCCGGUCACGAUCCCUAAUCGAGCGUAUCAACAUAGAGACAGAGAAGUGUUUGACAGUCCUUAACAAACUACCACGACCGGCCCAAAGAAACGCACGCGCAUUGCAAACCGUUGAGGCCAAACUCGCCGCGGCAGACACAGAAGAAGAAUGCCAAGCUUUCCGAGCGGAGAGGAGGCGACUCAUCCGUGAGAGAGAGUCAGGUCUGGAAGAAGCGACAAGGGACUGGCGCGACGAAACCAAUGAUGUCGUGGAGGACCUGGUCACUACCUUACUCAAACCCAUUCUGCGGGAAAUCGAGUAUCAUGUCGCUAAGAGUAGCCGUGAUACUACUCAAUGCGACACCCCCAGAGGGGUUGAUCAAGUUGCAAGCUCACGUUCACCGACAAUGCCAGCGACACCGGUGUCUCAAACCAACAAAGCACAAGGCCCAUCCAUCCCCUCCAGCAACCUUGCUGUUGAUAAGCCAUCCAACAAGAGAAAGGCGAGUCCCAGUCGCCCACCCUCUCCGAAAAGACAACGAGGCGGACGAGAGAAGAAUACAAUAACAUUUGCCGAAGUCUUCCGUAACGGUAAUGCACCCGUCAAACGCAUCAUCGUACAGUAUCCUCCAGAUUACGGCCAGUGGUACAUCAUACGAUGCCGGAGACACAAUAUUAACUUCAAGGAGAAUCCUCUCAAAGCAGCAUCACGCCACAUCUGCCAGAGUAAGCAUCCCAAUAUGCCACGGAACUAUGUAUCAGUCAUCAAGAUUAUGGGAUAUCGGGUCGUAGAUUGCGAUGAGGACCUCGCCGAACAGAACAAUGCUGUCGCCAGAGAGGCAUUUGGAAUUCGCAGCCAACCUCGUUCUGCGGAUAGUAUUGAGGUGGGGUAUGAUACUAUCGCCCCCGUGCCCGAGAGACCAUUGCGCGAUGAUGAUGGCGACUAUGAAGAAGAAGGUAGUGGUGAAUUUACACCUCAGACUAGCAGCUCAACUCGACGCCGGAGCAUCAUGGCAAUCACUGAUCCGACAGCCGGGGAAGUCUAUCAAGUCUACUGGAGAAUGCUGAAAAAAUGGACCGCGGCAAUCGUCCUCCCACUUGAGAACCUCGAAAGACUUGGCGUUGAAGACUCGAUCGAAAGCCUAGGGCUGCUCAAGAGCCUCCCUUCAUGUUAUUCCUACGACUCCUUGACCAAGACGUUCCAGUGGAGCAAAGGGUACGAAGCCAGCGGUAAAAAUGUGUCUAAGCGAGAGUUUCCCGUCAUGUUCUUCAAUGGCUCACCAUUUCCUGACGGAAGUGAGGUUGCUUGGGUUCCAGCCAAGGAUUUGAACCCUCCCGAGAUAUGCGCGCUGGAGCCUCACAUUCAGAGGCAGGUUCUGGACUUUUUGGAGGCUAAAGAGGCCAGGAAAGAGGGAGUUUUCGAAGACGAGCCAGAAGAAAGAGAUGUCGAAGAGGAGUCGGAAGAGGAAAGCGUUGAAGGGAGGCCAGAAAGAACAAAUCCUGGGGAAGACACAAAUCCUUGCCAAACAAUCCAGCAAAACGGGUCCAUUCAGCCGUCGGCUCAGUCUGUGCACAUGGAAGAGGAGGCAGCAGAAACCUCACAGCCUGUCCAAAACGUGGAAUCCGGAGUUACCUCACCCAUAAUCAUUGACCUGACUGGGGAAGACUCAGAGGAGGGCGAAGAAUCUGUCCCGGAUAAGGAUACCCCAUCGGGUCAUGAGCGGCCAGCGGAUUCUGCUAUUGACGAAGCUAUUACGGACGAGGAACCAAUAGCUUCGGAAGGCCACUCUCAAGCGGAGCCUGAAGAUAGGGAUCCUUCCAUGGACACAGCGCCCAGCACCGACAGCACAAUUACGGAUCCACCAACACCUGUGGUGGCUCAGUCGCCAGUUGCUGAUCAGGAAAGCAUCCUUGGCCUUCAGCCGACACCUUCAAUGACCCCGGAGGCGACUUUGGUUGCGCAGCUCGCAUGCAGAAUGGUAGACCAGGACAAGAACAUCGAGCCUCAAGUUACGCCUAGACUGGCAGAUGCAGAGCAGGCCUUGCAACACUCUCGCUCAGAGGGACCUCGGGGAACCACUCAAAUCACGCAGAGAUCACCUAUUAUCCACGGGGAUCAAAGUCCACCUCAUCCCUCGGCCACAGACCGUGGAUCCAAGUCCAGGGCGGUUGCCUGA